CAGGGACCCUCCCCACCAACCCUAGGGCGGAGGGUAGAGCCAGAGCCCUGGCGGGACAUUGCUCACUAAACGUUCCCAGGCUGCAAUUUCCAGAGCAGCCAGAGCCAACUCCAGGCCGGGAGAAGCCAGUUGUUGAUGGAGGCAGGAUGGAACAUUGAAGCUGCCCCUGGGAGCACCUGGCCCGGAGGGGCCAUGGCCACAGCGAGCCCCGUGGAAAGUCUCCGGGAGGAAGCCACGUGCCCCCUCUGCCUGGAGUAUUUCACGGACCCGGUGGUCACAGCCUGUGGGCACAAUUUCUGCCGUGCCUGCAUCAGCCAGUGCUGGGAGGGACCCGGCCCAGCCACCUCCUGCCCUCAGUGCAGGGACCAGGUGCAGCAGGGACCCCUCCGGCCCAACAGGCAGCUGGCGAACAUGGUAGAAUUAGUCAAACAGCUGAGCCUGCCGGCAGCAAGCGGAGUGGGUGAAGGAGGUGUGUGCAGGGCACACCAGGAGGCGCUGAAGCUGUUCUGCAAGAAGGAUCAAGCCCCCAUUUGCAUGGUGUGCAGAGAGUCCCGGGCGCACCGUGCGCACAUCGUGGCUCCUUUGGAGGAGGCUGCCCAGGAGUACAAGGAAAAAAUCCAGGCCCAUUUGAAGACUCUGAGGGACGAGAGAGAAAAGCUGCUGGGAUGGAAAGCGACGGGAGAGGGGAGAAGCCAGGAGUAUCUGAAACAGACACAAGCCGAGAGGCAGAAGAUUGUGGCCGAGUUUCAGCAGCUGCGGCAGUUCCUGGAGGAACAAGAGCGACUCCUGCUGGCCCAGCUGGAGAAGCUGGAGGAGGAGAUAGGUAGGCUCCAGACUCACACUGUCAGGAGACUCUCCACACAGAUUUCCCGUCUCAGUGAGCUGAUCCAUGAGCUAUCCAUGUUCCUGGGGCCAGACAUCAGAAGCACCCUAAGCAGAUGUGAGAGAGGAAUGUUCCAGCUGCCAGAGGAGAUUUCUCCUGAACUGGACGAGCGAGUCAGGGGUUUCUCCUGGCAAACGACUGCGCUGUCGGAGACUCUGAGAGAGUUCACAGACAUUCAGGUUGAUUAA